GUUACUAAGAUUUCAAAUUCUAGUACAGAUAUAUUUUCAGGUUCAAAGAGUGCCAGAAAAAAGGAGUGGGAUUUCUCAUUUGGUGACAACUGACAAAGCACUGGCGAAAAGAGAAAGACUGAGCAGGGUGAGUUCCCUAUCUUCCUAAAUUGAUGCAUUUUUUCUCUGCUCCCAACUUUUACAUUUCCAGAAUGGCACAAUGGACCCCUUCGGAUUUAACCUAAAGAGCUAGUAGUUACAUGCUCUGUGUAUGCUUCUUUAGCAAUGUUUGUCGAUUUGAAAAGUUUUUGAUGCAGUUAGUCCCAGACUGUGAUUGAGCUUUUAAUUUCUUUCGGAUUUUCAAAUAUGGCGGACCGGUUUUCAAAUGCUCUAAAUGAUUCCGUCUGCUUUGUGGGAACAUUUCAGCAUUACUCCACUGGUCAGACAAGCUAGUGCGUGUUAUGUAUCUCUAGCCGUGGACACAGUAGUGUUGAGCUUUACCGAUUUACAUGUAUCUUCUUUUUUGUGGAAUAAAGAUUUUUAUGAUUCUAUCCUCGGCUUGAACUUCCCAUUUCUCUUGUAUAACUUGGUGUUGUAGCACUCAAAGCUCACGCAUAUGGAGAGAGAAAAGAGGUGUUAAAGAUUCUUGGCCAUCCUUUUAGCUUGUAUAAUUCUUCUUCUGGCUUCUGAUCCCACUUUGUCAUCUUACAUUGCUCAAAGCUUAUUGGAUCCUUCACUGAAUUUAGAGCUACAAAAUGCAGCAGGUAACUCCCAUCUCAAAUCAAAGCAAAACCACAAACGAGGGCGUUCAGAUAAAUGUUGAGCGACCAAAGGUGUAGCUGAUUGGAGAAUGACCAAGAGUAGACGCGUUCAAACUUAGAAGUACUAUUCUUGCUUUCAUUAAUUAUUACAGGUGGAUCCCAAGGACCUGCAUGGAUCCCGGCCAUCAUUUUACCAUGUACAUGGCCCACACUUAUUCACCUUCUGAUCUGGAGUUACAAUUUUUUGCAUCCGACACGUACCAACUACCCAAGAUUAUCCCAAAUCCUUUAUUAUUCUAUUUUUUUUCCCUCUCGAUGGAAACUAAUGCUACAUAAGCCUGGACUAUCCGAAGCUGGUGAAUUUUGAUCUCACCAUUUGCAAGGAGAAGUAAUUCUUAGAAAGGCUGGUGGUGUUUCCCCCACGAAAAGUGGUGCCAUCGUCCGCUAUAUGCAUACUACUCUUUAAUACUAGCCUGCUAUAGCGAAACUCUUUCUAAAUGCCAAGUACAAUGCCACAGUUGAACAAACUCUAAUGGCUUCUCUCCGGCUCCUUCUCCUUCUCCUUCUCCUCGUUCUCUGCCCCUUUCAAAAAGUUUCCAGUGUUGGAGUAAACUAUGGUACUCUCGGAAACAACCUCCCAUCGCCUAAGAAGGUAGCCCAGCUCCUCCAAUCCACGCUCAUCGACAAGGUCAAAAUCUACGACGCUAAUCCUGAAAUCCUCAAGGCCUUUUCCAACACCGGAAUAGACCUCAUUGUUGCAGUGGAGAACUACCAUGUGGCAAAGAUCAGCUCCCAUGUAUCAGCAGCCGAUGAGCAACCGUGUGCUUCCCUUCAUUCCUGCCACUUCCAUAGUAGCCAUAGCCAUAGGCAAUGAGUACUUAACCACAGAUCCAGACCAUUUGCGCCCAAAUAAUCUCGUCCAAGCCAUGCAGAACUUGCAUGCAGUGCUAGUAGCACGAGGACUCGAUCGCAAAAUCAAGAUCACAACCCCACAUAGCAUGGCCGUUCUUGCUUCCUCAUUUCCUCCUUCAGCUUCCACUUUUGCCACAACCCUUAUGCCCACCAUGACCUCCAUGGUGGGAUUUCUAGCUGAUACUGGUGCUCUUUUCAUGGUCAAUGCCUAUCCGUAUUUCGCUUACAGGGACAACCCUGCUUCAGUUAAUCUACAGUAUGCCUUGCUAGGGAAUGCUACCGGAGUCCGAGAUCCUAUGGGUUAUACCUACAACAAUAUGUUAGAUGCACAAAUUGAUGCAGUUAGAUCAGCCAUCAGUGCACUAGGGUAUGGAAAUCGGAUGGUUGAGAUUACGGUCUCGGAAUCUAGUUGGCCAUCCAAAGGUGAUCCCGGCGAUACAGCUGCGACGCUAGAUAAUGCGAAGACUUACAAUACCAGGUUGAUUGAACGUGCACAGUCCAAUAAAGGGACGCCCAUGAAGCCUAAGGAUAAAAUAGAGAUAUUUGUGUUUGCUUUGUUCAAUGAAAACAAAAAGGAUGGUGGUGUUAGUGAGAGAAAUUUUGGGAUUUUUAAUGGGGAUGGAUCUAAGGUGUAUGAUGUAGAUUUAAGCUGCCAGUUCUGCAGCAAUGGAGAGACAUUUGAGUUUGGUGAGAAAACGUCAAGUGGGGUAAGAGGUCCUUCAGUUUGGUGUGUGGCUAAGCCCCAUUCAGACAAGAAGGUGCUUCAAGCUGUGCUGGACUUCUGCUGUGGACCUGGUGGUGUGGAUUGCAGAGAGAUAAAUGAAAGUGGUGAUUGUUAUGCACCAGACAAACUCCAUGCACAUGCAUCAUUUGCCAUGAAUGCAUAUUAUCAGAUGCAUGGGAGGAACUACUGGAACUGCGACUUCAAGGGCACUGGACUUGUCACAUUCAGUGAUCCAAGCUAUGGCAAAUGCCGGUAGCCUCAACAAUGACACAGCAGGUAGUGGCAGUAUUGCUGUAUAUAAAUAUGUGUUUUGAAGCUAGCUUUGUACUGUUUGCAGUAUUGUUAGUGGAAGAAAGAUUGUAUGUUUGGUUAAUUUGGUCAGUGCCAAGAGUUUAUGAAAAAAGAAAAAAUGAUUGGUUUCAUUGCGGAUUUUUGAAUAUUUUUGUCAAUUGGUUUAUCUGGGAAGAAGAUAAAGAUGAGCACAUGGAUGAUGUCUCCCUAA